AUGACUCAAGGGCGAAGUUCUGAACAGAGCUGGCAGGUGAAGCUGCAACAAACAAAUGCAUGGAUCCAUCAUUGCCUCAACAACCAUCAAUGCAGUGGUGGACUAGCAGCCAAGACAUUUCAAGAAGACCAUGAAAAUGUAGUUGGUGGCAAAAAUGAGAAACAUUCAGAAAAAGGUGAAAGCUCAGGCGCGAGUCUUCAAAAAACUCCAUUUCUUGAGGUUCACCGCCAGAUCUCAAAAUCACCUCGAAGAGUCCUUGACCUUCGACAGUUUGGUUCAGAGAAACGGCUGCGUCUCAUGGAUUCUAUGGCGGAUUGUGGUGUUUAUGCCUGUCUGAGCUAUACAUGGGGUCGACAAAAUACGGCUGUGACAACAACACAGAAUCUUCAUGAUCGCCUAGACGACCUCCCGUUCGACAGUCUUCCCCAAACAUACAAGGACGCCGUCACGGUUACUGCAUUCUUGGAUAUUCCCUUUUUGUGGAUUGACGGUCUUUGUAUCAUUCAAGGCGAUACCGACUCAAAAGACUGGGCCGAGCAGUCUUCACAGAUGGCGGAAAUCUACGGAAACGCAAUUCUGGUGAUUGCGGCUGCUGAAUCCAAUAGUGUUGAGGAAGGCUUCCUCUCUACACCACAGCUGCCACGAGAACUCGUCAAAUUCCAAUCUUCGGCAUUGGGAAGUCUGGAGAAUGGGAGCGAAGGAACUGGCUUGAGCGUGUUUGCCAGAGCUAUGCUGGACCACAGUUGGCUUGGCUGGCCCACAUUGGCGGAACCAAAAUCCCACGGGACACUGAGCCGCAGCUGGUGUUUCCAAGAGGAUGUCCUUGCAUCUCGACUCCUCACCUUUUUUGGAGGCGAGAUGAACUUCCAAUGUCUUGAAGACGAAUACCGAUGCGAAUGUGUAUUCCCCGCCGCACCCCUGGGUCUUGUCACGAUCAAGGAGCUGUACGAGCCUCGCUUGGAACUAGGCGAUAUGGAAACUCCAAAUUGGAUGUGGCAGAGUACCGUGGAGCACUACACCCGACGGAAGCUGACGGUGGCCACCGAUAGGCUUACUGCACUAUCUGGAGUCGCCCGGGUCGUGCAGUCAAGUCUCCGCACAAAGUACGCUGCCGGUCACUGGCUAGAUCGCGACUUUCUGUGCAGCUUGUGUUGGGCGCCUGUAAGAAACAGGGAAACCGAGCGUACCUACUCACAAGAUUACGUUGCUCCGUCGUGGUCUUGGGCUGCCCAUAACGGACCUAUCACCAUGUGGAUCCCUUAUGGCGGUUCGGAAGAGCCAGUCACUCCGCGCUUCCUCAGUAAAACCGUUGUCCGCAAUGUCGGCAUCAUCCCAGCAACAGAAGAUUAA